AUGGAGUACCACCAACCAACCACUAACUUGUCUUUCAUCUGUAUCGUAGCAAGACCCACCCGGGGAGACUUGAGCGAUUCAGGUGAGAGACAUCCUCAUUCCUCAUCCUUCGUUCGUUUUCAUCUUUGUAGUGAGACCCACCCAGGCAAAAUCAAGACAACCAGCUAUGGAGUCUCUACAAAAGGCUACACAACCGACUACUCAUCAUCUGAUCUUUCACCUGUAUCGUAG